AUGAGUAACUCGUGUCCUGUAGAAUAUUGGAAUUUAAUAAAUAAACUAAAGGGAGGACAAGAAAAUAAGUUAUGUGAUAACAUUAAUGCUGAAAAGUGGUAUGAACAUUUCAAGAUCCUCAAUACAGAUGAAACCCCAUUUGAUUACAACCUAAAAAUAGAAACUGACAGCCUCAAAAUUACACUUAUUAACAUUCUGGACCAAAAUAUCUCUCAAUUAGAAAUUCAAACUGCAAUCAGUGCUUUAAAGAAUAGAAAAUCUCCCGGUGAAGAUAACAUAACAAAUGAAAUGAUUAAAACUGGUACAAAUGUCCUGAUAAAGCCUCUACAAAAACUGUUUAACCAUAUCCUCAAUAGUGGUCACUCUCCCAGUGCCUGGAAUAUGGGUAUUAUCACGCCAAACUUUAAAAAGGGGGAGCGAGCUGACCCAGGAAAUUAUCGAGGAAUUACUCUUCUAAAUAGUCUGAGUAAACUCUUCACCUCUAUACUAAAAGAGAGACAUACUAAACAUAUCAAUGAAAAUAACAUUAUAAUGAAAGAACAGAUUGGCUUCAUGCCAAAAUUCAGAACAGCUGAUCAUAUCUUUGUACUUAAACAGUUACUGAGUAAAUAUUUAAAAAAUAAAAAGCGAAUCUUUGCAUGUUUCAAUGACUUUAAAAAGGCUUUUUAUUCAAUCUGGCACCAAGGCUUACUUUACAAACUCCGUAAAAACAACAUCUCUGGUAAAUUCUACAAUAUCAUAGAAUCAAUCUAUCAAAACUCUCUUGGUUGUGUCAAAACAAAAACAGGGCUUACACCCUCUUUCUCAGUAAACAGAGGGAUUAGACAGGGAGAUAACCUGAGCCCACUUUUAUUCAAUCUAUAUAUUAAUGACAUCAAAUACCACAUUGAAUCAUCACAAAAUAACCCACCAACUCUUUUAACUAACCAACUAUCUUGUUUACUGUAUGCAGCAGAUGACCUAUUACUACUUUCAGAAUCAAAACAUGGUCUCCAAAAUGCCAUUGAUUCUGUAGGAAUAUAUUGCAAACAGUGGAAGCUGGAUGUCAAUGCAUCAAAAUCAAAAAUAAUAAUUUUCAACAAAUCUGGGAAAAUUCUAUCAAAAAACAAAUUUAAAAUAAAUGGACAAGAAUUGGAAAACGUAACAUCAUAUACCUAUUUAGGACUAAAAAUAAAUUCUUCAGGUAAACUCAGCAAAGCACAGGAAGAUCUUGAACACAGAGCAACAAAAGCACUAUUCAAAAUGAAACAACUAUUAUACUCAGAAAAUAACAUCCCAAUUAAAACACACCUGAAACUAUUUGACAGCAUAAUCAAACCUGUCCUCCUCUAUUGCAGUGAAGUAUGGGCUAGUGAUUGCAUACUACAAUCCAAAGAUCUUCAUAAUAAUAUGCUUCCUAUGGAGAAGCUACACAUCAAAUUCUGUAAAUAUGUGUUACAAGUUAACUGUAAAGCUAGUAAUUUAGCAUGUCUAUUAGAAGUUG